CUCCGUUUCCAUCCGGGUCCUUCAGCCUCGUUCCCGGGCAGUAUAAAGUUUGCUGUCUCCUUUGUUCGCCCUCGUUGCGCAGUAGUGCUAGCGGCUUCGCGGUUUGGUCCUUCGACCCGGCAGCCGCCACUGGUGCUGAGCUGCUAGGAGGCCCGUGUCGGCGAGCUCGUUGGAGCUUGAACCCAUUGUCACCCCUCCGACUCACCGGCAAAAAAAAAAAAAAAAUGGUUGAAGCAGAUCGUCCAGGAAAGCUCUUCAUUGGUGGGCUUAAUACGGAAACAAAUGAGAAAGCUCUUGAAGCAGUAUUUGGCAAAUAUGGACGAAUAGUGGAAGUACUCUUGAUGAAAGACCGGGAAACCAACAAAUCAAGAGGAUUUGCUUUUGUCACCUUUGAAAGCCCAGCAGAUGCUAAGGAUGCAGCCAGAGACAUGAAUGGAAAGUCAUUAGAUGGAAAAGCCAUCAAAGUGGAACAAGCCACCAAACCAUCAUUUGAAAGUGGUAGACGUGGACCGCCUCCACCUCCAAGAAGUAGAGGCCCUCCAAGAGGUCUUAGAGGUGGAAGAGGAGGAAGUGGAGGAACCAGGGGACCUCCCUCACGGGGAGGACACAUGGAUGACGGUGGAUAUUCCAUGAAUUUUAACAUGAGUUCUUCCAGGGGACCACUCCCAGUAAAAAGAGGACCACCACCAAGAAGUGGGGGUCCUCCUCCCAAGAGAUCUGCACCUUCAGGACCAGUUCGCAGUAGCAGUGGAAUGGGAGGGAGAGCUCCUGUAUCACGUGGAAGAGAUAGUUACGGAGGUCCACCUCGGAGGGAGCCACUGCCCUCUCGUAGAGAUGUUUAUUUGUCCCCGAGAGAUGAUGGGUAUUCUACUAAAGACAGCUAUUCAAGCAGAGAUUACCCAAGUUCUCGUGAUACUAGAGAUUAUGCACCACCACCACGAGAUUAUACUUACCGUGAUUAUGGUCAUUCCAGUUCACGUGAUGACUAUCCAUCAAGAGGCUAUAGCGAUAGAGAUGGAUAUGGUCGUGAUCGUGACUAUUCAGAUCAUCCAAGUGGAGGUUCCUACAGAGAUUCAUAUGAGAGUUAUGGUAACUCACGUAGUGCUCCACCUACACGAGGGCCCCCGCCAUCUUAUGGUGGAAGCAGUCGCUAUGAUGAUUACAGCAGCUCACGUGACGGAUAUGGUGGAAGUCGAGACAGUUACUCAAGCAGCCGAAGUGAUCUCUACUCAAGUGGUCGUGAUCGGGUUGGCAGACAAGAAAGAGGGCUUCCCCCUUCUAUGGAAAGGGGGUACCCUCCUCCACGUGAUUCCUACAGCAGUUCAAGCCGCGGAGCACCAAGAGGUGGUGGCCGUGGAGGAAGCCGAUCUGAUAGAGGGGGAGGCAGAAGCAGAUACUAGAAACAAACAAAACUUUGGACCAAAAUCCCAGUUCAAAGAAACAAAAAGUGGAAACUAUUCUGUCAUAACUACCCAAGGACUACUAAAAGGAAAAAUUGUGUUACAUUUUUUAAAUUCCCUGUUAAGUUCCCCUCCAUAAUUUUUAUGUUCUUGUGAGGCAAAAAGUAAAACAUGUUUAAUUUUAUUUGACUUUAUGACAUUGCUUUUCAACAAGCAAAUGUUAAAUGUGUUAAGACUUGUACUAGUGUUGCAACUUUCCAAGUAAAAGUAUCCCUAAAGGCCACUUCCUAUCUUGAUUUUUCCCAGUAAAUGAGGCAAGCAAUUCUAAGAUCUUCCACAAAACAUCUAGCCAUCUAAAAUGGAGAGAUGAAUCAUUCUACCUAUACAAACAAGCUAGCUACUAAGGGGUGGUUGGGGUAUGCUACUUAUAAGAUUUCAGGGUGUCUUCCAUGAAAUCUCAAUGUUCUCAGUAUGAAAAACCUGAAAUCACAUGCCUAUGUAAGGAAAGUGCUAUUCACCCAGUAAACCCAAAAAAGCAAAUGGAUAAUGCUGGCCAUUUUGCCUUUCUCACAUUUCCUUGGGAAUCUGCAAGAACCUCCCCUUUCCCCUCCCCCAGUAAGACCAUUUAAGUGUGUGUUAAACAACUACAGAAUACUAAAUAAAAAGUUUGGCCAAAACCAACCAUGAAGCUGCAAAGGUGCUUGCUCUUACUGUUUCAAAUUUUUGCAACUCUGUAGUGUCUCACUUUUAAAGGAACAGCUUGAUUGCAAAGGAGAAAAUAGAUAAGCAAUGAAGUUAUCUCCAACUUCCUAAAGGCUUAUGACUUCUAAAAAGUGAAUCUAUCAGCAUUCCACAUCAGAUUUAAAGCAUCAAAUGCCUGUGAAACAGCAAAGAUGGUUGAUGAUUAUGCUCAUUAUGGUCGUGGAGUGCUGAUUGAUUCACAGUAGAUAAAGCUGGCAGUAAGAGAAAUCAAAUGCUAAGAGUUGUUGAAGCAGAAGGCGGCUGAUUGUCAAUAAGUCACUACAGUUGCAUAAGCAGUGCUGUCAGAAUUGGUUUGGUGCAGGCAAUAGAUUUUGCCUUCAGGGGUUCCUGUGGAUCUGAGGAAGGCAUCAGUGUUGAUUAACAUUCAUAACUAGGGAGUGAGUGGUAGUUACUUAAAGCAUAAUUGGCCAAAUGGAAAAGGGGAAGUAAUUAAGGAAAUUGGUAAGUGGAGGUAGUCAGGAAGUUCUUGUGGUUCUUUACAUAGAUUUUACAGCUUUGGCUUUCAUUUUGUUUAGCUAAAGUCAUGGGGACAACUCUUCAAUUUAGAACUUAAGUUGAAUUAUAAAAAUGAUGGAUAUAAGUGGUAGCUCUGUUUAGUGAAGUGUCUGUCAGAAAGUGAAACAUUUUUUGGUGGUGACUUAUCCACAGUUUAGUUGUAGAAUAAAACUUAUGAGUGACAUCUGGAAAGUAACCAUGCUAAGAUGGCAAGCACACUGGAAACAUGUAGGCCACUUGGCUUUCUUUUGCUGUAUUGUUUGAUAAGCCUACUUUACCUCCCAGUCUUGGAAGCAAGUUUAUUGGUUUGGAGACUAGAGCCAAUAGUAUAAUGUUCUCAAAGGAAACAGACGUGAGUUGUUAGAUUAGAGGAACUAACCCAACUUAUAUGAUUUUUUUUUUUUUUUGUCAUGUAGUUAUGGCACUGUCUUGUUUGGAACAUUUGCAACUGGGGAUGGUACCACAUUUUUAACUCUCAUUUGACAACCUACUACUAAUCACAGACUACAAGGUUAAUGACCAAAUUUAUGUGGUUUUUGCACUUCCAUAGCUGUCUCAGUCCAAACCUCCCAUAUACUCUUACGAUUACUUGGGUUACAGCUUCUGUGAGGACCUUUUGGCUCUUGAGAUAUCCUAAAUAUUUAAGAUAUUUAGAUAUCUUUAAGAUAGUAUAGGAUAUAGAGAUUGUACUAAAUAGGAAUAUGAAGUUCAGAGCAAGGAGUAUGUUAAAAUGACCAGUUACCUGUUUGAUAAAUAGUUUACUGACCUAGCAGACGUGUGGAGAAAGAAUCAGAUCUUGAUUCUUCUGGGUAUAAUACUGGUUGUAAAACGAUACAGAAAAUGUUUUCCUUGUUUAACUGGUAGUUGAACAUAGAACUUGGGUAUUAUAGAUCACUUUUCACUUUUUGGAAUGUUUUGUAUUGAAACUUAAUAAAACUUUAACAUGGCA